AUGGCCUCCAACUCCUCCACCGAUUUUGGCGGAAGCACCUUCAACCCGGAGAAUGUCAACCUCACCGAGGCCGAUCCGCGAGACGUGAUCUGCGCCCUCGCCGCGUCGGGCAACGAUUACAACGGCCAACUGGGUGCGCGUAUCUCGGCGCUCUUCGUCAUCCUGAUCGUCUCAUCGUGCGCAACCUUCUUCCCCGUCAUCGCGAAGCGCAUCCCCCGCCUACACAUUCCGCUGUACGUGUACCUGUUUGCGCGGUACUUUGGGGCCGGGGUCAUCGUGGCCACUGCAUUCAUCCACCUCCUCGACCCGGCGUACGGCGAGAUCGGGCCCGAGACGUGCGUGGGCAUGACGGGCGGAUGGGCCGAUUACGCGUGGUGUCCGGCCAUUGUGCUGGCGAGCGUCGUGGUGAUUUUCCUCCUCGAUUUCGGGGCAGAGCGCUAUGUCGAGGUCAAGUACGGCGUCAGCAGUGAGGCCGACAUACAAGAGGCUGUGACCGGGUACAAUGGUGCGAUUGAGAACACGCAGCUGAGCGAAGAACAACGACAGCGUGGCGAGAGUAUAGCGUCGAUGAGGCGCGAGCAUCAGGAACGAAGGAAGUCGUCGGCUUAUGAGAAGCGGUUCCUGGAGGACUUCCAGGACGACGAGAUCGAUCCGGACGUGCGCAAGAAUUCGUUCAGACAACAGAUCGCGGCGUUUUUGAUCCUCGAGUUCGGUGUCAUCUUCCACUCCGUCGUCAUUGGGUUGAACUUAGGCGUCGUGGGUGAUGAGUUCAGCACGUUGUACCCGGUGCUUGUGUUCCAUCAGUCGUUCGAAGGACUCGGAAUCGGCGCCCGUAUGUCGGCGAUUCCCUUCAGACCGGGCAGUUGGUUGCCCUGGAUCUUGUGUACGGCGUACGGAUUGACCACGCCAAUUGCCAUUGCCAUCGGGCUCGGCGUGCGUACGACGUACAAUCCCAACAGCUUCACCGCCAAUGUCGUCAGUGGCGUGCUCGAUGCCAUGUCCGCGGGGAUCCUGAUCUACACUGGUUUGGUCGAGUUGUUGGCCAGGGACUUCCUGUUCAAUCCCAUGCGCACAAAGGAUAACAAGAGGUUGACCUUCAUGGUCGUCUGUGUCUUGCUGGGUGCCGGGCUAAUGAGUCUUUUGGGAAAGUGGGCUUAA